AAAUGUUGACAGGUAUGAAUCAAUAGGCUAUUAAGAAAAAAAUACAGUCAACUCUCUCUAUAGUCACUCCCGUUAUAGUCACAUUCUACUAUAUAGUCACACCAGUUGAAUGUUCAAAACAAUUUAUUAUUAAAAUCUAUCCUAUAUAGUCACAAUCUAUCUAUAGUCACUAUCACACUUAUCCUCAAAAAUCUUAUAUUAAAAAGAACCGUUUAUAAUCACAGUUAUAUAAAGAAUAUAUUAAUUGCUAGUCCGGAUAAGAUCUGCAGUGACACAUAUAGCUAUUUACUAUAAAAAUUGGGGAUAAGUAACAUAUAAAAAAUAUAUUGUUUUUGAAUCUCAAAGUCGUCUCUUUUUUAUGGCGCCUAAAGCUCGUGAAAUUGUUGUUACCUUGUUAGUAGUAGGUUCUAUACUAUUAGACUUGCACUAUGGGCCAUAUUCGCGUCUUUGGUGGCAAAAAAAUAGUGACAAUAAAGAAAAUGAAAUCUCAAAUUAUUUUCCGAUUCGUAUUGGUCAAACCACAAAAGCUGUUCUAAAUGAAAUGGACUUUUAUACCACUAUUUUACUAGGAAAUUCUGAAAACUCUUUUGCUCCUGGGUUUAUUUGUACUUCAGGCGUCUUUUCAAGCAGUGUAGAAAGUAGUUCUUCUGCUGCAGUUUCGAAUCUAUACGCUAGCAUAUUUCAAAAACGAACGCGUUUUUCUGGUCCACUUGUAAUAGGAUGGAAUGAUAAGGAUAUAAUUUCACAAUUAUCUCAAAAUAUUCCUUUUUUUCCUUUCUCUUUUCUUCUUGGAAAAUAUCUAAUAUUUGUUUAUAGUAUUGGCACUUCAUUACGCGAAGAUUGGAAUAAUGGUGGGUUAGGAUACAAAGCUUCACUCAACAAUAAAUAUCAUGAUAAACCGGCAAUAUUUGUAUCUACAAUUGAAGAUAAAGAUUGUACACUUGAAAUUUAUCAAGAUUACAAAAUUAAAAACCGGUUUGUAGCCAAUUCUCCAAAUGAAGUAUGGGAAAUUUCAAAGUUUAUAAAACAAUAUAAAGGAAUCCAACUUUUUGGCCUUGAAAAUUCCUUUACAAGAAAAUUUAUUCAAGAGAAUUCAAAACCCACAUGCUCGCCAGAUAAUUGGCACAAUUUUCCUUUAUUAAAAUCUGUAUUUGAUUACAAUCUUAAACGUCGAACACUUGCAAA